AAAUUGAAACUGUCUUGAGUCAUUUCUAGGGUUUCAUUCCAUCGUUCAAAUUAGGGUUAAGGUAUCCAUCAAAGCAAAACCCAAGUAAUCAUGCCGAAGAAUAAGGGAAAGGGAGGAAAGAAUAGGAAGAGAGGAAAGAACGAAGCUGAUGAUGAAAAGAGAGAGCUUGUUUUUAAGGAAGAUGGGCAGGAAUAUGCUCAAGUUCUUCGUAUGCUUGGAAAUGGACGGUGUGAAGCUAUGUGUAUUGAUGGGACUAAACGUCUUUGUCACAUACGUGGUAAGAUGCAUAAGAAAGUUUGGAUUGCCGCCGGUGAUAUCGUCCUUGUCGGACUCCGUGAUUAUCAGGAUGACAAGGCUGAUGUUAUUCUGAAGUAUAUGCCAGAUGAGGCAAGGUUGUUGAAGGCAUAUGGGGAGUUGCCAGAGAACACUAGGCUCAAUGAGGGUAUUGCUAAUUUGGAUGAAGAAGAUGAGAAUGCUGCUGAUGACUACAUUGAGUUUGAAGACGAAGACAUCGACAAAAUCUAAAACUCCUUAUCUAAACAGUGCUGUCACUGGGGGUUCCUGUUGGCCUCACAAAUAUUUCCUUAAGAGUUUGAGUUCAAUACAAAAAGAAAGAGAGAGACCUUAUAUGUACCAUUUUAAUAUGAUUGAACUUUGUUCACUAGUAUUUCUGUAUGAAGAUUUAUGCUUUGAUGAAGCAGAUGCAAUAAUAGCCACCUGUUCUCUA